GAUAUUUUCUGUCCUUCAGACAUUACCUGAUGCAACCAAAGGGAGUGAAAAGAGUCCUGGGAAGACAUGGCGGGUGGAGGGUGAGAAGGUGGUUCUGGUGACAAAUCCCAAGUUCUACAAGAUCGAGGGUAUCUCCACCAAGAAGGAACAGCAACAGGCCAGGAGACGAGCAUCUCGAGUGGUAAAGCCCAGGAAUGCACUGCAGAUGGAGCUCCUGGAGCAUGCUGGAUAUGACGAACUGCUGGCUAGCAAGGCCCUCAUCUUAGAAAGGCAGAGGCUGAAAGAGGCACAGACUAAGAAGUCAUCAAAGGCAAAGAAUGCUCGAAAGCCUCCAGCAAGAAGAGGCAAGGCCACCUCAUAG